AUGGCGUUGACACCGACACGAUGUCGCGGCGGCGGCGGAGAGAAUCUUUCGGAGGACAUCACGAACGAGGACGAGAUGGCAAACGUCGGUAAUUUCGAGCCUCUGAGCGACUCCUGCGGCGAGAGCGACAUGGAGGGCCUCGAUCUCUCUCUGUUCGAGCCCCAGGUCGACACCGCUUCCUGGUGCGACUCCCGGAUUCACGCCGGCAUUCUUCAUAUCCUGGUCCAUUACUGCGAGGCCGAAUGCUGCGUUGGCGAAGCUGCCGGAGAGGCGUGCUGGGAACCUUGUUACUGCGUCCUCCUGCAGGAUGAACAGACCCUCACGGCUUACAGGAGCGAGGACAUGGCCCUGUUCGCCGGGACCGCCUGUAUGUUCAAGUCUCACAACAAGUUGGGGGAUGCGAUGUUCGUCGAGCUGCCACGUGUUCGAUUGGACGGCGGCGCACGUGCUUUUCGACAGCAUUGGGGUUACGAAUCGCGACCCUUAGCACCACCGCCACCAUUGAUCGAGGAAGAUGAAGCGGCGGUUGAACCGGAAACUGUCAGCCUGCGGGAAGCCAACACCGCGUCUCCGAUAGCGCCAUUGCUAAGAAGGGUUUCCACCCUUCCAAGAAGAGGGUUGCAACAGAGACACACUUUGGAUCCCGAAUUGUCCUCGUUAAGCGAACACGAUCCUAAUCGACUUUUCGUGGAGUGUGAGUUAAAGUCCUUGUCCUUGCCAAGGGGAUUUCCGCCAGAAAUAACGGUGAAGGAGGAUGACGAAGGUAAAGGCACGAGCAGCUGUGAUCAGCUGCAAACUUGA